CUCUAAUCGGGAAUUUCCGUCGUUUCUUUUUUUUUUUUUGAUAUGUAUUGUAGCCGAACACAACCGAUUGAUUCUGAUUGGUUCUGAUCGUGUCUUUCAUGCCCAGUUUUAAGCAGGGACUAAACGAACUAUUUAACUUUGCAGGGUCCGGUUCAUCUGAACCCGAGUUUGCUGCAGGGUUUUCUACCCGCACUUAGCAGCUGAUCGGACCAAACCGAACCGAACCAGAGGCAUGCAGUCCUGCCUGUAACCAUGGAUUAAAGCAGAUGCCCCAUCAUCUGCAGAUCGGACCUUCUCAGUCAGAGAUGACCACUUGUUGCAGAGGAGUUUGAAGAACAACCAGAGCGCUUUGCCUUCUGCUGCUGGAGCAACAUCUUCAUCAUCAUCUUAUAUCAGCUUUGGGGAGGAAGAUGUCCCCCCAGCAGCUGUGGACACUCUUCAUCAUCACCAUCAUGAUCUCGGGGUGUUUUGUCUCCUGCAGCGCAGAGAUGCCAGAUGAAGACAGCUUCAACGCUGAGGCUUGGCUUCGUCACUUUGGCUACCUGUCCCAGGCCAGCAGACAGAUGUCCACCAUGCAUUCGGCUCAGAUUUUGUCCAAAGCCAUCAGUGACAUGCAACGCUUCUACGGCCUGGAGGUGACUGGGAAAAUGGACCCUGCCACUGUCGCGGCAAUGCGGCGGCCUCGCUGUGGCCUCCCUGACAGACGACCUGAGGAGGGGGUCAGCCAGCCGAGAAGGAGGAAACGUUACGCCCUCUCAGGGAAACGAUGGGAUAAAGACCGCCUCACAUACAGUAUAUUAAACCAGCAGAUCCCGUCCUCCCUGGGCCCAGAACGGACCUAUGACGCCAUCCGCCGGGCCGUUGAUGUCUGGAAACGUGUGACGCCGCUCAGCUUCCAGGAGCUGCCAGCAGAAAGCAGCACCAACAGCAGCCGUGCGGAGCUCAGUGACAUCCUGAUCCUCUUUGCCUCUGGUUUCCAUGGUGAUAUGUCUCUGUUCGAUGGUGAGGGUGGGUCUCUGGCCCAUGCUUACUAUCCGGGUCCAGGAAUUGGUGGAGACACGCACUUUGAUGCAGAUGAGCCGUGGACACUGGACAAUGAAAAUCAAAAAGGUGUAGACCUCUUCCUGGUUGCAGUGCAUGAGCUCGGCCACGCUCUGGGUCUGGAGCAUUCAGGUGACCCUGAUGCUAUGAUGGCUCCUCUCUACCGGUGGAUGGACACUCAGAACUUCAGCCUGCAUGAGGAUGACAUCAGAGGAAUACAGAAUCUGUACGGUCCUCCGCUGGUCUCUGAUGCUCCGCCCACUUCUCCUCCCUCGUAUGAUGAUCAGCCCAACAACAGCUCCCCCACCUCCCCUGUGGUUCCUGAAGAUAAACCCAUCUCGUUGUCACCCACCCAUUCCCCUUCUGAAUCCCCCAUCCCGACUAAAGGCCACCUGGACCCCCCAGCCCAGCCAGAUCCAAGCCCCAAAUUCCCUUACGCUCCGCCCACAUCUACUCCCACCAAAUCUGGGCCCAAACCAGGACCCGAACCGGACCCUGUCACCCCACCUGACAGAAGAGAUGUUCCCCCUCAACCCAGGCCUCCCAAGGUGCCAGACAAGGAGCCACCGAAUAUCUGUGAUGGGGGCUUUGAUACGGUGACCAUGCUGCGGGGGGAGAUGUUUGUUUUUAAGGGACGCUGGUUCUGGCGGGUUCGGAGGAACCGGGUCAUAGAUAACUACCCCAUGCCGAUAUCCGUCUUCUGGAACGGUCUCCCUGACAACAUCGACGCAGCCUAUGAGCGACACGAUGGAAAAUUUGUCUUCUUUAAAGAUGAUAGAUAUUGGCUGUUUAGGGAGGCCGACGUGCUGCCUGGGUAUCCGCAGCCCCUCUAUCAGUAUGGGCGAGGAAUUCCCACACACAAGAUUGACACAGCUAUUUGGUGGGAGCCUAAUGAGUACACAUACUUCUUCAGUGGAGACAGGUACUGGCGUUACAAUGAGGAGACGCGGACUGCAGACCGCGACUUUCCCAAACCAAUCAGCAGAUGGGGCAGGAUCCCUCCCUCUCCCAGGGGAGCCUUCCUUAGUGAUGAUGGAGCCUACACCUAUUUCUACAAAGGCUCCAAUUACUGGAGAUUUGACAACCACAGAUCAGAGGCAGACAAAGGCUACCCCCGCUCCAUCCUGAAGGAUUUCAUGGGCUGUGUUGGAGUCCCUGAUCCAAAGCCAGACCCAGAUCCAAAGCCGGACCCAGAUCCAAAGCUUGAGGAGAAACCGGUCCAUCCAACACACCCAGGAAAAGGUGAUCCCACAAACCCAGACAGCGACCAGGAUGUGGUGACCAGACCUGACAGCACAGAUGAAGACAAGGACAAAGAGGUGAACGUGGUCGUCACCGUGGCCGACAACGAAUCGAAGGUCAUGACUCUGAUCAUGGUCACUGUGCCUUUAGUGCUCAUCUUGUGCAUCCUCGUCCUGAUCUACGCCAUCCUCAGAACUCUGCAGAACAAGGAAACCCCAAGAGCCUUGGUGCACUGCAAACGUUCACUGCAGGACUGGGUGUGACCAGUGAGAAACGCUGGACAGGUGUUUGUCAUCUAUACAGUGCGGUCGCUGGUAUUGAGUUUAAUUGAAUGUGUGGGGAACAGAGGUCUCAGAGUAGAAUUACCUCAGCGUUUUGGCUCCUCUUAUUCCUGCAGAAAAGUAGUGAGGUCAGUGCCUGUGGAGCUACAGUUUCCUCACUCUGGCCUUGAUCGUAGCUCUGCCAGAGUCCUGUUCUCUCUGCCUUUUAAAUAGCCUGCAAUAAGGCCUGUGUUCCUUAGAAAUGUAUCACUGCGUAAAAUAUCUUUAGCCAAGUUGUCUGGGCAGUAGAAAGAGCAGCAUGCUUUCCAAUAACUGUUUCUGCUAUUUCUUAUUGUCUGAGGGAUCCAGCUGGAGAACAAAUGCAGAAAAGUCACUAGAGCACAUAAAUUACACAGAACACACAUAAAAACUGACAAAUAUGCUUCAGUUAUUACUGAGACCUGUAAAAAAAUAUUCACCUUCCUUUAGCUUUAUCAUGAGUCACAACCAAAAGCUUAUAGGUUUAUGUUAUUUGGAUCUUUUAAGAUGAACUUAACAAAGCAGUGUAGAACAGAAGAGAAUGGGAUCCAUACCUGGAUGAAGUUUUUGUUGUUUUUUUUUUUUCCUACAAUGUCUUCCUUGAUUUAUCUCCAUCCUGCUUUCACAUGAGGAUUCUGGGCUCAGGAUGUUAUUUAAAUCCAUAUAUAAACGUGUCCGAUCAAAGCUACCUGUACUUUUGUCCUAUUUGGCUUGUAGCAAACUGCUAGAAGGACAUCUUCCACCUUUCUCCCUGCUCCUCUUCUGAAAUGACCAGAUUUAUGGGGUUCACCAC